UUUCAUAACCCUCAGUUGGUAUAAAUAGUUUCUCUGCAAGCAUUUCCCUCAGGCCAGUGGAUGCAUCUGAACUGAGCUGAUCUAAAAGACACACAUUCAGCACCAUGGUUUAUUUUGUAGGGUUGGUUGGCUUGCUUCUCAUCUUGACUGCUGAAGCCAGAAUUGGGAGCUCCUCUGAGUCGAGCUUCUGCACCGAGUCAAGGGAAUGUCUGCUGUAUGAUCUGGUGUGCAAGAAUGACGAUUAUGAGGUGCGCCACUAUGACUCGGUGAAAUGGGUGUCGACAGACGAGGAAAGCUACAUCAUGGACAAGGCCAUGUACACUGCCUUCCAGAGACUCUUCAAAUACAUCACCGGCUCCAACGAGGCUGGCGUCAACAUUGACAUGACAACUCCGGUGACUGUCAAAAUUGAGGAGAAGAAGAGGUUGUGGCAGUCGUCUGUCUUCACCCUCAACUUCCUCCUGCCGUCUGACUAUCAGUUGACUCCUCCCGAACCCACUGAUGGCAGUGUAUAUUUUACAGAGACGCCAGACAUGAACGUGUACGUGAGGAGCUACGGUGGAUGGAUGAUGUCUUUGACAUCCAGUGUAAACUCAAUGCUGCUGAAAAGGCAGCUAGACAAAGUCCAGGCCACCUACAACAAAGACUACCACUAUGCUGUGGGAUAUGACAGCCCAAUGAAGAUUCUGAAUAGGCACAACGAGGUGUGGUACAUGGUUGAGGGAGAGCCUGUUUGCCCUACCUCCUCCUGAACAUCCUCCUCCAUUACUGCUGAGUCUGGCAUAACCACUUUGAGGAGGACCAAUGGGAGGUGCAUGGUAGACUGUGAACAUCUGAGAAAAUGUGGUUUGGGGGCAAAAAAGAUAUUAACUAAGACAUGUGUCUCUGAUCUGGUGGCACUAUAAUCCAAAAUCAAUAUGCCACAUACUAUAGAGUGUAUACUGUAUAAUUUGCUCGUUCUUAUUCAGAGUUCAGUUUGUUAGGAAGGUGCCUUGCCCCCCCCCCCCGACCCAUAAUUCGAACUCUGUACGUAUUGACAUGUUCUAACAAUGUGGGGUGAAUGUAGAUGUAGACAGGGAUACAUUUGUACUAAAGUCUGUUUAUGAAAAGUAACUUCCCUUUUGACAAACUACUACAUUCAAUGUUGAACAUGAUUUGGAUCUUUUGUCUGUGUUGAGUUUGUUCCCUUAAAUAUAUGCCAAACAAAUCCUCUCCAGCUCUUUGGUAAAACUUGAGUGGUGGUACAUACAGUAUGAUUAUAAUGAACAUAAAAUCUUGGGUCAUUGUGUCAGAAACCAUAUUUGUUACAUAGUCUGUCCAUGAGAGACUAUGAUGAACAUUACAAAUUAUUUUUUUUCCAGUCACUCCUUUCACAAAUACAGUGAAGUCAUAUUUGAAAGCCAUAAAAAUCUCAUUUGUUUGUUAUUAUUCAGCGGUGCCCCCAACACAAGGCCACUAUACGCCACUUUUUUGCCAUUCAGGGCAUGUUCUAAGAAAACAUCUCAAAUACAGAUCACAAGUAAGUACACUCUUAGAAAAAAAAGGGUUCCAAAAGGUUCUUUACUGAGGAAUGAGGUUCAACCAAGAACUAAUUUGAUCAGAAGAACCCUUGUUGGAAGACAAGGGUUCUUUAUCAGUCAAAGGGUUCUACCUAGAACCUUUAACAUCCUAAGAACCAUUUUUAGAAGAAAGGGUUCUUGGAUAAUUCUUUGAAAGGCAAGAAGGAUUCUAUAUGGAACAAUAUAUAAUAUUUCCCAGCAUGCUCUUUUUCAGGGAGAUUUUCUGAAUAGAUUGUUUAAACUGUAAUAUCUGUGUUUUUGCAUGUACUGUACAUUGAUCAGUUGAUUCAUGUUAUGCUUCACAAAGAUAAAGAACAUACUGUUUUCUAAACUAA